AUGUCCUCGUCUAUCAGUAACUCCAGGGUUUCCCCGGAUUGUCGAUGUAAUAAGAAAACGAAGGUGUGGACCUCGUGGACUCCAGCCAACCCAGGUAGGCGAUUCCGCGGGUGUGAAGAUUGGGAGGAUGGAGGCUGUGACUUUUUUGCUUGGGAAGAUCCCCCAAUUCCUCGACGUACUGCAUAUGUCAUUCGGAACCUUCGUGAAGAGAAGGAUACCCUGUUGAAAGAGAAGGAUACUCUGAUGAAAGAAGUUGAAAAUUUGAAGAAUCAGAGGCGCAAAUGGAAGAUGUACUUUAUAAUUUCUUGGUGCUUAAUUGUUUUGUUAAAGUGUUUAGGAUUUGUCUAA